AUGUUCUUCAUUAUUGCAGCCGCUCAUGGGCACGCCAACUACCUGCCAGAUCACCUUAGCGCCGAUGAGCUUUACAUGGUGUUACGUCUGAUGGACAAGUACGUCGUGAAGCUCAUUCUGGCCCAUUGGCUGCAGAAAUGGAUCUCCCAAUGUCCCGACCACCUGUCUCUGUGCCAAGAUGUUGCGUGGCUCAUUGGCCAUGAAAAAAUCCUCACCGAUCACGUCAAGGCGGAUUGCGAAAUUGCUUGCAUCAACGAACGAGGAGACCUCACUAACCAAUUGUCGCUCACUCCAUGCUACUACGCUACUAUUGAAGGCUUCGAUCAGGAAGAAUUUAUCAAGCGUACUAGAAGGCUGUUCAUCUCCCAGCUGAUAUCAUAUCUAAAUUCAACACUCAACACGUCUCAAGUCCAUACGUCUCGAGGCUGGAAUUUGUGCGAAACCCAUGACAAGGAUUGCCACGCGAUGAUAGUAGGAUCUCUAAUAGAGGCUUGCGACGACGCCAAUAUCACACACUUUGUAUCAUCUUUAAUGCUUAUUCGAGAGACCCAAUUAUCUGGAGAACCCCAAUUCUUAGGCACCGUGAAGGAGCUCGUUGACACCAUUGAGACGAUAUCCAAGUCGGUUGUGUCGACACAUGGGUCCAACCCGUUUUACAACAUUGAUGAACUAACUAGGAAUGUUUAG